UUUCAUGACUGGCAACUCUGUUCCAUGAAGUUUGCGGAUGGCGCGGAUCUACAGCUGAAAGGAGUUCGUGAUUGUUAAAAUGGCGAAGAAAACGCAGGCGGAAAAAGCCGCUCAAAAUGAAGAAACUGCAAAAGCCAACGAUGAUCCGAUAAACGACGAUGAGGAACCAAACUUCAGCGAUCCCGAGGGCUUCGUCGACGAUAUUAGCGAUGAGGAGCUACUCGGUGAUAUCUUGAAGCAGAAACCUUCAGAAACAGAUGGGGUAGAAUCUGUAAUUGUUGUGGACAAUGUACCUCGAGUGGAGCCUGACAAAUUGGAGAAGCUUCAGUCUGUUAUUAAUAAGGUGUUAGGAAAAUUUGGCACAAUAGUUAACCAGUAUUAUCCUAUGAACGAAAGUGAUGGAAAAACUAAAGGAUACAUUUUCCUGGAAUACAACAACCAUUUAAAUGCGCUGACAGCAGUGAAAUCUACCAACAAUUAUAAAAUAGAUAAAUCCCAUACAUUUAAGGUCAAUCUUUUCACGGAUUUCAAAAAGUUUGAGGACAUUCCUGAGGAUUGGGAACCGCCAAAAGCUCAGCCUUUCAAAGCUGCUAAUGAUUUGCACUAUCAUUUACUGGAACCAGAUGCUUAUGAUCAGUUUUGUGUUCUCUGUGGCAAUGGGGCGGGCGUGUCGGUGCAAAUCUGGCAGAAUUCUGCGCCAGAGCCCACUCUGCUUGAAGAACGUAAUCGCUGGACUGAGACCUAUGUAAAAUGGUCGCCACUAGGCACGUAUCUGUCCACAUUCCACAAAUUGGGAGUUGCACUGUGGGGUGGCCCGCAGUUCACCCAGCAGGCCAGAUUCAGUCAGCGAGGUGUUGAGUGCAUCGAUUAUUCGCCCGGCGAGCGUUACUUGGUCACUUACACUCCACGUACGGAUCUCGGGGACUCGAAACGCUUGGUAAUCUGGGACAUUUUGUCGAGUCAGGAGAAACGGUCCUUCUUCCCCGAUGGAUCUUCCGUCUGGCCAAUUUUCCGCUGGUCACAUGACGAUAAAUAUUUGGCACGAAUGGGAGAAGAUGUGCUCAGUGUCUAUGAAACUCCAUCGUUUGGGUUGCUGGACAAAAAGAGUAUCAAGAUCCCAGGAAUCAGAGAUUUUAGUUGGUCGCCGACGGACAACAUUCUUGCUUAUUGGGUACCGGAAGACAAGGAUGUACCAGCAAGAGUAACUCUGCUCGAAAUUCCGAAUCGCAAUGAAAUACGGAAUAAGAAUUUGUUCAACGUGGCCGACUGCAAAAUCUUCUGGCAAAAGUCCGGCGAUUAUCUGUGUGUGAAAGUCGAUCGCUUCGCCAAACGCAAGGAAAAGACAGAGCAGAAGUAUACGGGCAUGUCAUACAACUUUGAAAUCUUCCACAUGCGGGAAAAGCAGAUUCCCGUGGACAGUGUGGAGAUAAAGGAGCCGAUUCACGCGUUUGCAUGGGAGCCGGUUGGUAGCAAGUUUGCCAUCAUCCACGGAGAGAUACCUAGCGUGAACGUCAGUUUCUACGAAGUGCGCUAUGGCCACCAACCCGCCCUCCUCAAGAGAUUAGAGAAAAAAGCUUGUAAUCAUCUGUUCUGGUCGCCAUCGGGCCAAUUCAUCGUUCUUGCUGGUCUGACGACAAUGGCCGGCGCUUUGGAAUUCAUCGAUACAAAUGACUUUACUAUCAUGAACUCGACUGAUCAUUAUCAAACUUCGGACGUGGAAUGGGACCCCACUGGCAGGUACGUCGUCACGGCGGUGUCGAGCUGGAAGACCAGCGUCGACAACGGUUACUGGAUAUGGACGUUCCAGGGCCGAAUCUUAAAGAGGGUCAACCUGAAUGCCUUCAACCAGCUCCUCUGGCGGCCGCGACCACCGACUCUGCUCACUGCGGAGCAGAUUAAAGAAAUAAAAAAGAACUUGAAGAAGUAUUCGGCACAAUUUGAAAGCAAAGACCGAAUGCGAUUGACACGUGCUUCAAAGGAGCUGAUUGAGAAACGUUGCCUACUCAUGAAGGCAUUUGAAGAGUAUCGGUCGAAGCGCAUUGAAGAAUAUACCAACCAAAAGAAGCGCCGUCUCGAAUUACGUUGCAAUAUUGACACCGAUGAGCUGGAUUCCGACUCGAAGAACGUAGAGGAGGAAGUUGUGGAGUUUUUCGUCAAAGAGGAGACUUUUGUAAUCGACGACAAAUAAAGACUCUUACCCAGCAA